AUGGAGAUCCCCAAGCUUGAACCUUCUCUGUUUCGGUGGCAUUCAUUCAGUGCCGACAGCAAAGCCGUACAAAGAUUGGCUAAUGGCACUGAAGCCUGGGUUGGAAUUCGAGAUGAAAAUGCCAAAGGGCAAUACGACAACUACCUGAACACGACUUUGCGCGUGGGAGCUACUAUGAGUUUGUCUCUGGCCAAACUACAAGAAGCGCUUAGCAUGGCGCUCGUUCACGUUCGAUUCGAGCAUCCUGACCUUGCCUGCACUGCCAUUUGGGGCCAAGGCAAAAACCCAAACCUGCCACACAUCAAAUACGAGCCACCAGCAAGCAAUGCAGAGGCCCUUGAAUGGGCAAAGGGCUGUGUCACUACCCAUACCUCAAAUUAUGGCGGAUUAGAGCUGCGCCUGAAGCUUUCUCAGCAACGUAGAGCAAAGGCUGUGGCACAGUCCGCCCCUUCAGUCUCUAUCAUCUUGAUAGCCAAUACCGCUGAUGACCAGGCAGCGCUCAAUGAAGGUGAUACGGUUGAAAUGCUCAUGCUCUUCAAUCACAUCUUUUGGGACGCUAUGGGCAGUCGAGAGUUUGUCGGGCAGCUGCAAAAGCACCUCGGCAAGAUAUUGGAGUCUAGAGGCAACUACAAACUCCCAGAGUUCCAAUGGGGAGAUGAAAUAUCCAACUUGGAUCUCCCGAUACUGGACGCCUGCAAAGUGAAUGUUGAGGCUCUAGGUACCGACUUUGAGGCAGUACGUGCAGAUUUUAUUGACGGCUUGAUGAGAUCCGGGUAA